AUGGCUGGCAGCAAAUUAUGGGGAAUUGGGGAUGAGCCAGAAUAUAAUGUGGAUACAACAUCUGAAGUGUCAGGUUACAAGUCUUAUUUUCAGCCGCUUCGGUCCGAUCCUGCUCAAAGGGAUCCGAAUGUAGUCUGCGAUUAUCAUGGUACUCAUGGUCAUAGAACUGAGGAUUGUCGACAACUUAGGGAUGAAGUAGCCCCACUAUUGAAAAACGGGUACUUGCGUGAAUUUUUAAGUGAAUGGACAGAAAGAAAUUACAAAAACAGGGAAGCAAAUAAGCAAGUUGAACCAGUGGAGUCUCAACACGUGAUCUAUAUGAUUAUCAGUGGGGCAGAAAUUCCCCGGGGUCCAAUGAUGAAGAGGACAAAGGUCUCGACCACUCGGGAAAAAAGAACAAGGAAUUAUGUACCGGAGGGAUCCAUUUCCUUCAAUGACGAAGACGCGGAGGGCAGCAUUCAACUCCACAAUGAGGCUUUGGUAAUUUCUGUCCUCAUUAAUAAAUCUCAGGUUAAGCGUAUUUUGAUUAAUCCAGGUAGUUCAGCCAAUAUUAUCCGUUGGAAAGUGGUAGAGCAGUUGGGACUGUUGGACCAAAUUGUGCCGGUAGCUCGGGUCCUCUAUGAAUCAAUAUGGCGUGUGAAAAUACGAAGGGGGGAAUUACUUUGCCGACCAUGGGUGCACAACAUGAGGGCAGCACCCUCAAUGUUGCACCAAAUGUUGAAAUUUCCAACCCCAGAGGGUGUAAAAAAGGUUCAUGGGGAACAACCAGCGACAAGGGAGAUGUUUGCAGUUGAAGAAGCAGCUCCAGUACCGAAGGCACUAGUAUUAAAGGCCGUAGAGAAGUCAGUGAAAGGCAAAGAUGUUAAAUAG